UCUCGCUCUUUCAGCUGGUUCAAUGAGUGCCCCGCUUUUACAUCAGGCAGGAUGCAAAAGCACAAUCCAGGAAUUUAAUCUUCCUGCUGAUGAGCGAUGAUUCCACUUUUCCACAGCAAGCCGUUGAGGAAGACUAUCUUGUUCAAAGAGCUAGAUACAAUCAACAAAACAACGGAUGAAUAUUUUUCUGCAACACUUGGAGAUUUCUCUUCUGUGGGGACAGCAGACUUCAACUUCAAGUCUUAGUUUGCUAGUUUAGAGUAUAUUUUAUUUUACAAAGAAUCUCUCGUAAUGCUGUACUUAUUUUGUGAUCCAAAACAGCAGUAUGUUAUCCUCUGACCUUAACUGAUCAUUUCUGCAGUUGUCAUAGGCAGAAAACAUUUUGGUUAUACAGAAAAAAAAUCGCUGCAGAGGAAACAACUGAGCACCAACAAGGAUCACCAUUACUGUACGGUUGUUAAAACCAGGACAGGGGUCUGCAACAAGGGAAGAGGACGGUGAUGGAUAAUUAUUUUAAGCCUGUUCACAGCCCUUCUGGACCGGGCGAAAUCAAGCCAAGGAAGCACCAUCACCAUCCCCAUCAUCACCUUCACCAUGACCAAGACCCCCAGUCACAGAGAUACACAAUGAUUGAAGACACAGAUAGAAAUACAGAUGACAGCCUUGGGCACCACCGUCACCAUCAACAUGGUCACUAUUUCCAUGAAAGCUCUCAUCAUAAUGCCCGCCAUCCUCAUCAUUCACAACAGUUUCACCACAGUGAAGAGGAUGAGAUACUUUUCAACUCUGAAACCCCUGUAACUCUGUCCAGGGCCUCUUCUUCUUCCCUCUCCUCAUCCAAUUCCUCUUCCUCUUUUUCAUCUUGGUACACAGAAGAGAGUGCAAAUGAUCCCUUCUCUCUUCAUCACACUGUGCAGCCACAGCACUCACUGUCCUGCUCCAACAUAGCAGACAUCCGCAGAGGUUUCAGGGAAGAUGAUGGCAAUGAGCCCAUUGUCUUCGCAACGAUCACACAAGACAAAAAGGGUAGUAUUUGCAGUGAGACCCAUUCAAGCUCACACAAGAAAGAAAGGGGUGGUUUUUCUUUUCUUGACCGAUGUCACAGCAGGAGUGCAGGCUGUGAUGUUGGAAGGGAGCAAUCCAGGGAACCAAAUAUGAACUGUGGCACUCUGUAUAAGGCAGCUAGUUUGAACAGAAACCUGGCUUUCAGCAAUGAAGACAUUCUGUUAGGGGUCUCUCUUGGCCCCAAAAGGGCAGUGUCCUCUAGCCAGUUACCCAGCAAAGGCAUCCUCAAAAACAACGUGCCUCAUAAUGACAUUCGUAAGGCUAAAUCAAUGGAGGUGCUGUCCCCGAGAGUGUCUAAAGGCCAAGAUCCUAGUGGACAGAAGGGGAAAGGGAUCACUCAAGUUGAGAUUGAACAAGCCAGGUCAAAUUUUGUGCAGGGAAAGUUACAAUUCUCAGCUUUUCUGGAUGAGAUUACAAAGCAGGUUAUAAGUCCAUCUGAUCUUAACAUCUUGGGUUUGAAUGAUAAUAGAACUACUGGAAAUAAACCUGCCACAGCCCAAACACCGGCCCCAGUUAAGCCUCAGCUCCCACCCAAGAAACACAGAGAAAGCUCAGGAGAGGAGAGGGAACAGCGCCCAAAACAACACAGUAGACAGGAGAGGGAAGCUCUCAGCAGCCCUCGCAAACACUCAGAUUGUUCCAAUCCUGAUAAACUCAUCUCGUAUGUAGCUAAGAAACAUCAUGGUAGUCCCCCACCUGACCACUACUCCCACUCUGCCACCCACAAAGCUCACCAUGGAAGCGGCCGGAUAGACAGGAGAACGUCACCAACUGGGGGCUCCUUGUCAGGGGACAGAUAUGGUCAAAGUGGUGCUCAACUCACAGACGGCACCAGUACCAGCCCUGAACCAGUCCAGCCAAAACAACGGCACCACCGUAACAAGCAGGCCACUGGCUUCCAUGGCAAGCAUACCCAACACUUCUCUCAGCACCAGCCUCAGCAGGUGCACCCUGGCCCUGGUCACAAAGGGCCAAUAAGCUCCCCUCCAUCCUCAGCCAAGGGUGUUGAGCCAGGCCAUGGAUCUGAGUCUUCAUCGUCAAAGUCUGACUCAUCGAGGACCAGGGAGACAGCAUCAACAGCUACCAGUCACAACUUUGGGCAGAGUGGUCGUCAUCAGUCACAGCAUGAGGGGCACUCUAAACAACACAGAGAAACACUCAGUGAUGCAGAUCAUCUCCGGGCCCUGCAAGAGGAGAACACAGAUCUCCACCAGAACUUGAUGCAGACUGUGGUUUGCAUUGAGAGCCUGGAGGUAGAGCUGCAGAGGACCAGGGAUGAGCUCAGCCAUGUCAAGGAGAAGUAUAAAAGCCUUCUAGAGACCCACACUGGGACCAAGCAGGCCAAUAACCUGCUGGGGGAACACUUGCAUAUAGCGUCGGAGAGCCUGAGCAGUGAGAGAAAGUACCUACUGAACCGUGUGUCCCAGCUGAGCUCAGAGUUGGAGGACGCCCACAGGACCAUGGCUGCCCUGGAGAACAUUAAUGUGCCGUGCUUGAUAAAGGAGUUACUGGAGAAGCACUUUAAUUCUGCUGAGGCCAUACAGAAGCUGCUGACAACCUCUGCUUCAAACAGUCAGUCUGCCAACUCUCCACUUGAAGACAGCCAGUCAAAUGCUCCAAAAGUGGAAGAAGAAGUGCAUGACUGGCUAACAAAAUCAGAGGCAGGUCCGCAGAGGGUCACAGCCUUCAUCCCAUUUAAACAGGGGGUACGGACAACAGGAACUGAAAACAGUCUCUCAGGCCAGCAUGAUUCCAGGUACAGCCCACCUUUCUCUGUAAACGACAUCAGCACUGCAAUCUACAAGAAAAUGGCUGCUAGUUAUGCUGCCAGACCUCGACCCCUCUAUCCCCAAAGCCAGCAGCAGCAGCAGACGCCCCUCAGUGCCAACCACACUGACACCCCGUCAAAGCUCCAGCAGGCCCAUGUGGGUGAUGACAACUGGGUGGGGAAUGGAGGGGUAAAGGUAACUCUUGUGGAGCAUGAUAUAGUGGAUGUAACCUCCACGACAGCCCAGCAGAUCCUGGAUGACUUCUUGCAGCAGCUGGGGGCCAAUAAGGAAGUGGGAGGAGGAAAGGAGCAGCAGGGCAAGCAGGAGUGAGCGGGUGGAGCAGAAAAAACAGGCAAAGUGGCAGACUGAGAAUGUCGUCCCACAACAUGGCAUGAGGAAUGUAUAUUCUCUUGUGCUUGCACUGAGAUGUGUAUUUAUUCAUAUGUCAUUGUGGUAACAUUUAGACAUUGUACCCUCAAAUUAACCAUUAUGUGGAAGCUUAAAACUAUUUUUAUGAUUUGUUUAUGUUGUACUUUAAUGCUCAAAGAAUUUAUAAACUAGAAUCUAAAGGGAGAGGAAAUUAUUCACAGGAAGUUGAAAUAUUAGAAUUGGUGGAACUGGAAGAUGUAAGCACAGAGAAAUCACAUUGGAUAAAUACAAGAAAUACUUUCUUUGUCUGCAGUGUAUGCAUAAAGAUAGCAAAAGAUACAUUACAUGCCAGAAUAUAGAAAAUAACAUACAGUAAUAGAGGAAUAAAUCCCAGUUGGAGACAUCAUUUCAAUAUUGUGCUAUUUGCUAUACCUAUUCCUUUAUGUUGUUACCCUGCGACUUCCUCUCAAAGACAUUGGACAUUAGGUUGAUUGGAAAGACAUAAUGAAAAAAAUCUAAAUAAAAUCAUGAUUUUCUAGACGUAAUCAUAGGAGUACAAAAGCUACAAUCCCUCUUUGAAAAAAAACACUGAAAGAUAAUUAAAGGAGAAAAAAAUGGAGAAAUUAAGGACUGCAAUUAAUACUUCUGUUCUUUACAGCAUUAUUCAAAAACUCAACCUGAAGCCUCUUACCAGGGUAUUUUUUUCAUUUAAGAAGGUUGUUCUAUUGAUAGGUACGCUUCAAUAAAUGGUUACCAGAUGACAAAGACUGAUGUAGCUACCUGAGGACUAAAGUUUAACACCUUUUUCAAAUCCACCUUAGUGCAAGGAGAAGUGGGUCUCACCUUCUACAAGUGUUUUAUUUCUCUAACACAUUUCACUGAGCUCAUGGUACUCAUCAACAGUCAACGGCAGCCUUUUGAUAAGCCUGACGCUUCUUCAAUGUCAACAUCAGUGAAAGAUCUAUUAUUUCUACUGUUAACAGUAAUAUCCAGGAAGAAAUACCUCUUGCAUAUUUUACACAAGCAUUUAUUUUCUCCUAAACAAUAUUUAUGUGUAUUUUUUGUCAUGUUUAUUAGAAAAAUAAUCUCUUUAGAAACUAUGUGAAGCAGUUGCCUGAUAUUCUGGAAAGGUCAAGGACAUCUGCUCGAACUUAAAUUAAGUUAUUAUAAAAAUAUUCAGAUUUGUGUGAAAUAUUAUUUUCUGUUAAAUGUAAUAAUGUACACUAAGAGAUUGUGUAAAUAUAUAAUGACUCUGUGGUUAUAUGUAUAAGGCAUAUGUAGAUGACUUUCUUUUCUGUUAUGUUUUAUGGUGAUGUAGAAUACUCUGGAAAAUUCUGUCAAGAAACACAAAGCUGUGUUUAUGUAAAGGCAAUGGCAAUGUAAAUUUAAUAGAGGGCAGCAGGAACAUAUAAAUGGCAUUGUAAUCUGUAUAGCUCCCAUGUUUAAUCAAUGUAUACUUUACCUUAUGAAUUAUACAAUCAUAAACAUAUACAUUCAUUCAACAUGUAUAUGUCAUUACA